GCCGUCGGCGGCGGCGGGCCCGGCGCGGCGGCCAUGGUGCUCCAGGUCGUGCUGCUCAUGUGGCUGCGGACGACGAUCAACGUGCAGAUGGCCACGGGCGCGAGCUUCUUCGCCACGGUCGCGGCGCUCUACGCCGAGGGCGGCGUCGGCCGCUUCUACCGCGGCGCGUGGGUCGCGCUGCUGAGCGCGCCCCUGAGCCGCUUCGGCGACACGGCGGCGAACGAGGGCGUGCUCGCGCUCCUCGCGGACCGGCCGGGGGUGCCCGUGGCCGUCAAGACGGUCGCCGCGUCCGCGUGCGCGGCGCUCUGGCGCGUCGCGAUCUUCCCCGUCGACACGGUGAAGACGACGCUCCAGGUCGGCGGCGCGGGCGCGGCACACGCCCUCGCGCGCAAGGUCGCGGCGGCCGGCCCCCUCGCGCUCUUCGACGGCUGCGUCGGCGCGGCGCUCGCGACGCUCGCGGGCCACUACCCCUGGUUCGCCGCGAACAACGUCCUCGAGGCGCGCGUGCCCGACUGGGGGCCCCGGCGGACGCACGCGCGGCGCGCCCUCAUCGGCUUCGCGUGCUCCGCCGUGUCCGACACGACGUCGAACUCGAUCCGCGUCGUCAAGGUCUACGUGCAGACGGCGCCGGAGCCGCUCUCCUACGGCGCCGCGCUCGCGCGCGUCGUCGCGGACCGCGGCGUCUGGGGGCUCCUCUUCUCGGGGCUCCCGGCGAAGCUGUUGUGCAACGGCGUCUCGUCCGUCGUCUUCUCCGUCAUCUGGAAGACGCUCAUGGACCGGCGCAGGGCCGCGCCGGGCAGCCCGCGGAAGCGCGACGACGGCGACGGCGGAAAUGACGACGACGACCCCGAGGCGGGGCUCCUGUCCCGCGCCUAGGCGGCUCUCGCCACCGUGGUCGGGCCGUCUCUACACACGUGGUCG